AUGCAGCUUUUUGCCCUUCUCAUCGCCACAUGCGCUCCAGCCUUGGUCGCUGCCGGCCGGAAACCAGGUGAAAUGUGUGCCCCCUACCCCGGCGCAUUCUGUGAUGAAGGCCUUGAGUGUGUCUCAUGUCACGCUGGCCUUCCGGGUGCCCCCGGAGUGAUCCAUGCGGCCGCGGUGAUGAUGACAAUAUCUGGCAUCGGUGGCUCUAGGUAA